AUGGAUAAUUGGAAAUCUUUACCUAUAGAUAAAUAUGAUGGUACAACAGAUCCUGAUGAACACUUGGAUGUUUUUCUGACGCAGGUAACUCUAAGCACCACGGAUGAUGCAGCGCUGUGUCGGAUAUUUCCAACAUCCAUUAAAGGCCGAGCCCAGAGCUGGUUCACUCGGCUCCCUCCCAACUCUAUCGACUCAUUCAACACUCUGUCGGCACAAUUCACCAUCCAGUUUGCAACAAGUCGUCCUCACAGUUCCACAUCUCUAUCUUUGGUUGGUCUUCGACAGGACAAGAAGGAGUCGCUUCGGACUUUCAUGGAUCGGUUUAAUAAGGCGGCAUUGGAGAUCCGAGACCUCAAUCCAGCCGUAUCACUCCAUCAUCUCACAACGGCCUUAAAACCAGGACCGUUUGUCAAUAGCCUCUGCAAGAAGCCUCCUUCGGAUAAGAAUUACCUAAGGAGGAGGGCAGACAAAUAUAUGCAAAUGGAAGAAUUGGCUGAGUACCGCAAUCAGGCCCGAGCUGAACCAUUGGGCAAACCCGAAAAGCAAGUAGAACAACCAUACAGGGGGCGAGCCAAAGAGCUAACUCUUCAGGAUCGCCCGGCGCGAGGUCCGAAGUACUCUCAUUAUACUCCCUUAAAUGCGAGCCGAGCUGCGGUUCUUGAGCAAGCACUGGCAUCAGAAGUGUUGGCGGUUCCAAAAAGAGCAGCAACCCCUCCCAGGGCUGAAACCAACAAGUCUUGUAGGUAUCAUCACAAUCGGGGACAUUCUACUGAAGAGUGUGCCGCCUUGAAGGAUAGAAUUGAAGACCUCAUCAAGCAAGGGCAACUCCAAAAUUUUAUCGAUCGGCCAAAUACAUCUCAGCAUCGCUCAUCCUAUCGGUAUCAGCAGUGA